GCUCAAGAAAACAAAGACAACUGUACAAGUCUUCAAGAUUCCAUUCCAUGCUAUAGUAGCCCUUCCUAAAGAAAAAACAAUUCUCAGAACUACACUCUCAUUCCUCAUCAUCAAGUGAAGAAUAAAUAAACAAGAAAAACAAAUAGCAUUUCUCAAGCAUCAUCAUAGUUCUUAAUCAGAUACUGUAAAAUGAUCAAUCAAAAAGCUGAAAUCGAAUCUCAGCUUCUGAUUGAAAACAGAGGAAAAUUGGAAUCCAAGAAGAAACUGAAGAAAAUUAGAUCAAUGAAGAAGCUUCAGAGAUUGUCAAGCAGAGGGAGAAAACCACAGUAUGAUCAUAGCCUCUCAAUUAUUUCAUCUGUUGGCUCAGAAAGUUCACAGCAUCAAACCCCAAUUGAAGUCACAGAUGCAUCACCCAAUUACAUGAAAGCCACAAGUAGUUCUCAUGCAAAGGAUAGUUUUCAGAUUGUGCAAAGACUUGUAAGAAACAAGACUUUAACAAGAAUGAGUACCUUGAAACUGAAGAGAAGUUUGACUAGGAAGUUGUCUGGAAAGACUGAAUUGAAGAGGAAGCUGAAGUCAUCGAGAUCAAUCAAGCUUGCAGCUGUCAAGGGAUCUAAAUCGACAACAGGGAUAGAUUCUGAGUCUAUUAAUGGAAUUGAUGGCGAGAAUAGGGAAAGUACGAGUGAUGCUGGUAAUAAGCUUCAGAGAGUCCUUACUAGGAGAUUAAGCUUGAAACCAGUGAGGAUCUCUGCGAAAAAAACUAGUUGCAAAUCGAAGAAUUCUUUGGUGGACUCGAGUUUGCAUAAAGCUACGUGUUCUUCUGCUAUUAAGGAUUCUCAUUUCCCUGAUCGUAUUGAACCCCCACAAGAGGGAAGUAGUUCUCAAGGAGUAUCGGUUGUUAGGGUUUGUCCUUAUACUUACUGCUCUCUUCAUGGUCAUCGCCACGGUGAUUUGCCUCCGUUGAAGCGGUUUGUAUCGAUGAGGAGACGUCAGUUGAAGACGCAAAAGUCUGUGAAAAAGGAUGGGAGAUCAAAGCAAAUUGGUAAUGCAAGGAAAGCCACUCAGAAAACCAAAACUGUUCAUAAUGAAGAUGGCGACUCUCACUUUCAGAAUGAGAAAAAUGUGGCAAGAGAAUCAUCGCCUUUUAAGCCUCAUGAUACUCCGCCAUCCACAGUUAAUGAAGGUGAUGCUUCAACCAAAGGCAAAAAUAUGAAGCCAGAUUAUGAAGUGUUGCAGAAGAGUUUUGAACAAGAUGUUACUACUACUGGCGUGGCAUAUGGAGUGCAGGAAAGAGAUCAGAAAUAUAUAAAAAAGUGGCAUUUGAUGUAUAAGCAUGCAGUAUUAAGUAAUGCAGGUAAAUGUGAAAAUAAGCUUCCCUUUGUUGGGAAUGAAAAAGAAGGUAGGGAGGAAGAUAAUGAAGAAAACAACUCUUCUCGUCACAAUUGUAGUGAAACAGAUUCAGAUAUGGAUGAUGAAAAGAAGAAUGUAAUUGAGCUGGUGCAAAAAGCAUUUGAUGAAAUCCUUCUCCCUGAAGUUGAAGACCUUUCCUCUGACAAUCAUUUAGAAUCUAGAGGCAAUGAAACUGACGAGCAACUCUUAGAAAAGAGUGAAGGUAAGAUUGAAGAAAGGAAUACCCCAACUUUUGCAGAAUCUCCUAAAGAAAUGCAGAAGAUAGAGAACAAAUCAAGAAACUGGAGCCGUCUGAAAAGGGUAAUCCUCUUGAAAAGGUUUGUAAAGGCAUUAGAGAAGGUAAGAAACAUCAAUUCAAGAAGACCAGGUCCAUUGCCUUCAGAUGCCAACUUCGAAGCGGAAAAAGUUUUCCUUAACCACCAAACAGCAGAGGAGAAGAUAAAAACGGAGUGGAUGCUUGACUAUGCACUUCAAAAGGUUAUUUCUAAACUCGCACCUGCUCAAAAACAAAGAGUGGCACUUCUAAUAGAAGCUUUUGAAACGAUUCGGCCAAUUCAAGAGGUGGAAAAUGGACCACAGUCUUCUGUGACGGUGGAGUCUCAGGCGAAUCCAAUUCAAUCACUUGAUGCUUCCUCAAAUCAUAGCAAGGAAGAAAUAAGCGACGGAAAGGGUUUUGAGGUAACAGAAAGAGCAAGGACAGACAAGAAUACGGCUGCAUUUAAAAAAAAUGAUGAAAGUGCUACUGUGGAAUCAACAUCAACAGAAGUAGUCAAGUAUCCGGAUUUCGAUAUUGGGGCAUUGGAGGAAGAAGUAACAACCAAAGGCAAAAAUAUGGAACCGGAUUACUAUGUGCCGCAGAAGAAUUUUGUGCAGGAAGAGCCUAAACAUGGUGGUAGUAUUACUGGUCUUCCAUAUGAAGUGCAGGAAAGAGAUCAGAAAUAUAUAAAAAAGUGGCAUUUGAUGUAUAAGCAUGCAGUAUUAAGUAACACAAGUAAAUGUGAAAGUAAGCUUCCCUUUGUUGGAAAUGAAAAAGAAGGUAGAGAGGAAGAUAAUGAAGGAAACAACUCUCUUUGUCAUAGUUGUAGUGAAACAGAUUCAGAUAUGGAUGAUGAAAAGAAGAACGUAAUUGAGCUUGUGCAAAAAGCAUUUGAUGAAAUUCUUCUUCCUGAAGCUGAACAAAUCUCUUCUGACGAUCAUUCAAAAUCUAGAAGCUAUGGCUCUGAAGAAGUACUCUUAGAAAAGAGUGAAGGUAACGUAGAAGAAAGGAAUGCCUCAACUUUCAAAGAAUCUCCUAAGGAAGCACAGAAGAUGGAGGAGAGCAAACCAAAAAGCUGGAGCCAUCUGAAAAAGCUAAUCCUCUUGAAAAGGUUUGUAAAGGCAUUAGAGAAGGUAAGAAACAUCAAUCCAAGAAGACCAAGACAAUCUCCUUCAGAUCCCGACUUUGAAGCGGAACAUGUUGUUCUUAACCGCCAAACAGCAGAAGAGAGGAGAAAGUCGGAGGAGUGGAUGCUUGACUAUGCACUUCAAAAGGUUAUAUCUAAACUCGCACCUGCUCAAAGACGAAGAGUGACACUUUUAAUAGAAGCUUUUGAAACGGUUCUGCCAUUUCAAGAUGCUGAAAAUAGACUGCAGUCUUCUGCGACAGUGGAGUCUCAGGAAAAUCCAAUUGAAUCACUCGAUGCUUCCACAAAUCAUGGCAAGGAACAAGUAAACAAUGGAAGGGUUUCUCUUUACUCUGCUAAGACAUUGCUUGGAAAAGUUUCAUGUUCUAAUGACAGUACUAUGGAAUUUUCCGAUAAAGCUAGUGAAAAUCCAAUGCAUGAACUUUGCAAUCCUUUUGAACCAGUGGAACCAGAGGAGGCUCCAACCAAUCGAAUAGUUGAUGAAGUUCCAGAAGAUUUGGUUUCAGAUUUGAAUACAGAAAACAAAAGUAUCAGUUCUGAGUCGCCUGAGAGAUACUGUGAAACUAAGAAUGUCAUCGGUGAUAAUAGUGAACAAUUUUCUUUGACUAAAAGCUUAGUCCUAAAUGGUCUUGUGAGAUCACUGAAAUCUAAUUUGGUUGGCCCAGAAGCACCGUCAAACCUAUUAGAUGAACCAACAAGAGACAGAAAAGAUAUGAUUGAAAAAGAUCAGCCGGGAACAUCCCAAGCUCCUACAAGUGCUGUUGUAGAAUCUGAGACUCAGGUAGAGAAACAAGGCAACACAGGGCUAUGGUUCAUGGUGUAUAAGCACAUGGUAUCAGAUAUAACUGAAAACAAUCCCAAGACAUUAACUGAUGGGCCAGAUGAGAACGAGUCAGAGUAUGAAGGUAGCAUAACAAGAGGAAAUUCUGUCUCUUAUGAAAGUACACCUGUAAAUAGUCCAGAUGUGCACUUCAAAGAUCAUGUUGUAGCAGAUGCCGAAGUUCAAGCCGAAGUUGAACUUCGACAGAUUGAAGCCAUCAAGAUGGUAGAAGAGGCAAUUGAUUUCAUCCUUCCAGACAGACAGCCACUUCCUGACGAUAACACAAUUGGCGACAGUACUGAAAGAAUGCAUAGUCAAGGCUUGAACCAAAAAGAAGAAAAGAUGGAAUCUGGGAAUGGAAUAGCCAAGCAACAAAAAGAAGAACCGGUAUCAAAGGAGGGAGACAAACCAAAACAGAAAUUGUCUAGGAACUGGAGCAAUCUUAAAAAAUUUAUAAUGCUUAGAAGAUUCAUCAAGGCAUUGGAAAAAGUAAGGAAAUUUAACCCAAGAGGGCCUAGAUAUCUACCAUUAGAACCUGAUUCAGAAGCUGAAAAAGUUGAAUUGAGGCGUCAAGAUAUGGCAGAAAGAAAAGGCACAGAAGAAUGGAUGCUUGAUUAUGCACUUAGACAGGUUGUGUCCAAAUUAACUCCAGUUAGGAAGAGAAAAGUGGAGCUGUUAGUCGAAGCUUUCGAGACAGUCGUGCCAACUGUAAAAAAUUGAAACCGGCUAAAUAAAAGAAUAGCUUUGUAUGCAAAAUGCAUUCACGCCAAUUUCAAACAAGCUGAAAGGUCAACAAGGAAAUGUAUUUGAUCACAAAUUCACAAUCCUUUGAGAUGAUUAUGCAGUUUAUUGUUUGUGGCAACAUUGUGUGAGACUACAUGAUAUUGAAUGUUUUGUGUACAAUCUUAUAGAUAAAAGCAAUUAGUGCUUGAUGUCUUUUGCUUGUUGUGAUGAACACAUUUGAAUUAGCCAUGCUAUGCUAUACAACAAAGAUUGAUCAGUUGAUCCUA